AUCGGCGGCUGCGACCGCGACUGCGACGAGCUGGUCACAGUUGACUGCUACAACCCACGUACGGGGCACUGGCGCUACCUGGCUGAUUUCCCCGAGCACCUGGGCGGUGGUUACAGUAUCGCGGCGCUGGGCAAUGACAUCUACGUGACCGGAGGAUCAGAUGGGUCAAGACUCUAUGACUGUGUCUGGAGAUACAACUCCAGUGUGAAUGAGUGGACAGAAGUUUCUCCAAUGUUGAAAGCAAGAGAAUACCACAGCUCAACAGUCCUGGAUGGACUGUUGUAUGUGAUAGCCUCAGAUAGCACAGAACGUUAUGACCACUCCAUAGAUGCCUGGGAGGCUUUGCAACCCAUGAUGUACCCAAUGGACAACUGCUCCACCACUUCUUGUCGUGGCAAGCUCUUUGCCAUCGGCUCUCUAGCAGGCAAAGAAUCAAUGAUUAUGCAAUGCUAUGACCCUGAAACUGACCUUUGGUCUCUAGUGAAUUGUGGACAACUGCCUCCAUGGUCAUUUGCACCAAAAACUGUCACUCUUAAUGGGCUCAUGUAUUUUAUAAGAGAUGAUUCCGCUGAAGUGGAUGUUUAUAAUCCAGUGAAGAAUGAAUGGGACAAAAUACCUCCCAUGCUUCAGGUUCAUGUUGGGGGUAGUGUGGCCGUGCUUGGUGGGAAGCUCUACGUCUCUGGUGGCUACGAUAACACAUUUGAACUUUCGUAUGUGUUGGAAGCUUAUGAUCCAGAAAUUCGAACAUGGAGUAUAGUGGGCCGGCUUCCUGAACCCACCUUCUGGCACGGCAGUGUCAGUAUAUUCCGACAGUUCAUGCCAGAAACUACCCAAGAGGAUGAUGGCAUCACUCUGGAUAAUACCAUUAACCUGAACAGGCAGCACCAGCAUCUUCAGAAUCAGAAUCUGAAUGAAUUACGUUAGCUGUAGAACCUCUCGUUCCUGUGGCUUGAAGUGCAUUCAUUACAGAUAACCAGUGUCAUUUUGAGAUGGGGCAGAAGCCAGCUGGUGCUUGGAGACUGAAACAUACAGAUUUGUAAUUGCAAGUAGAGGAGUGAAAAUCCUCAGAGAUUAAAAUGCUGCUGUAGAAACAGCUGGUAGAAAGUUAGAAGCCUCUUUGGGUGCAGUGUCCCUCAGCCCUUUCCUGCAAAGUGAGAAGGUUCAGUGUAACCCAUGAACCAGCUCUGAGGCAAGCGCUGAAGAAAACAGGCAUUUUAAAUAUCACUUGUAAUUUAAGCACCAUAGUCACUCUUUCAGGGUUGCAUAACAGUUUGUGAUUAGACACCUUUCACAAGGAUCCUGCAGUCAGCAUCUUUCCAUUUGACACUUCACAUUUGCCACCAGAUUCCUUUCUUCUUAGUUUGUUCUCUGGAAGUAGACACAGAAGACAGACAGGACCAAAGUCCCUUAAUGCCCCAGGCCCCUCCUGUUGGAAGGAUGGGUCUAGCAUGGUCUGCCCUGGGCCUGUCUCUGCACAGUGUUCUGGAAGAGGAUGGACCCUCUCAAACCACAUUGGCAAGAGAAGUUCCUUUCCACAUACAAGAAAACACGAGGAUUAACUACCUAGCCCUAAAUAUACUGCACCACCAUAGCCUUUCAUCACUGUUCAGGCUUUCACUCAGAACAUACCAUGUGGCAGUGGUGUGAAAAGCUCAUGCAGGGUUGAAUUAGUGGGAUGUCACAUUCCCUCCCCCCACCUUCAGUGUAUGUGUAAUUGACUUUAAAAAACCCACUUUUCAGUCCUUCAGUUACGUUUGUUGCUUUAAAAUGCUUACACGUUUCCUGCCCCUUCCUAGGAGGACAGCUCUGUUUCUUUAGAAAAGUUUCACAUUUUCCCCUCUGAGGCAGGCUGGCAGGUCACUUUGGGACUGGUAGUACGUUUCAGUCCUUUAGCAAAGAACCUCUUUUUUUGCAUCCACACUGCGAGAAAGCUGCUGUUUGUAUCAAACUGUUUAGCUCGCAGCUGAGCUUGGCAGAGAAGUUUCUGCAGCAUGUUCUUGUGUCAAAGUGGGGUUAUUUGCUAUUUGUUCUUAAUGCUAAGUGAGCUCUAAAGACUAACUUGACUCUUUCUUAUCAAGCCCUAAGCACUUGUGCUGGACUGAACACUUGGGCCCUGGGCCAUGAAUGCUGUUAGAGGGAAAGGACAUGUUCUCAUGACUUAGCCACUUUAAGGAGAUAGAUCAGAAUCUUAUUCUUGGAGAGGAGGACUUAAAAGAUGAUAGGUAGAAAAUAUAGAAGAGCUUCCUGGGGACCCUACCAUAUUUCUGAGCAUUUGGCAAUGUAUUGCACAGAAUUGGAUAUGUAGAUAAACAAUAUAAUAAAGAACUGCUGAGGUAAAUGAUGAUUUAAAAAAAUGGAAUCUGUGUGUUAAAAAGCCUGGGAGAUUUUUUUGCAGUUUCAUCACUGCCGUAGUUGCUGGCAUUUGAGCAGUUGAUAAAUGCUAGCUGGGGGCCUUGUAAGUGUAUCCACCAUCCCAAUUAAUUCUGUGUAGGGUGCAGUGUUGCCUUUGCAAGUUCUGCUUUUCAACUUAAGUAUGUAAUAUAAUGAGUUUCAUUUUAUUUUCUAUAUUUGACCCAAACAAGCAAGUUUCAUUAGAAGAGAAACUCCCUGCUUCAUACCUGGUGGAACAUCUCAGAUAGUGCUCCUCUGAAACAACUUUCAGUUCAACAGUCAAUGUGGCCCAGUCGAGCAUCAGCAGGAAUGAAGAAGUGGAGCAGUAGGUGAGAUUGUAGCUAUGGAUUUUAUCACUAAAGACUUUAUGAACUGAAAUUUUAACAACAGGCCAUGAACCCAGAUGUUCAGUCACAAAGCUUUUGGCUUCUUCAUUUGGAAGAUGCAGUUUCACAAAAAAACUGUUUUUUUUUCAAAUAUGUUGGUAUGCAACAAUGACUUCAUUAUGUACUUAGAGUGUUCCACAUGUCCAUAAUAUACAGGUUGGGCCAUUCUUAAAUUCUCACGUGUUCUUGCCAGUACCUUAAAGUUUGAGACAGGGUAAUAGAGUAGUUACAUGAUGGCAGAGUUUAAUCUGGCUCACCGUCAGCAUGGAGCACAGAUACUAAAAAGCAUUUGAUAAACGCAUUAGGCAUUAACUUCUAUUUCAUAUUUCAGUUUCUGUGUCUGCAUUGGGCUUUGUGCGCUGAGGGCUGAGAGUGAGAUUGUCAGGUGGGCACUUCUACCUGUAGUAAAGAAGCUGUACAGGGUAACACUAGCAACUCUUGCCAAUGCCCCAGCUGAGGAAAAGUGAACUAGUUGUCCUGCCUGACAAGUGAGAGAAUGCCAGUCACUGGAGCAUUUUGGUAUCAUAACCAGGAUUUCAGUAUGUCACUUUUUCUGGUAACUGCUAUGAAAUUUGGGGAGAGAUGGAUGUGCACACUGUUAUUCUGCACCACAGGGGUGGGCAAGAGCCAAGUUAAACAAGCCUCAAGACAGGUCCUCUUCUACAGAGCACAUGCAGCUGGAGUGGUAGGGAAAGAAAUAGUAACUUGGUGGCUAAUCUAGUGACAGUUAAAAACCUCUAUUAAAGUCCAUCUAAGUGUGGAACUAUUGCUGCCUAUAACUUGACUUGCAUAGUAGAAUGGUCAGGUAUUUAUGCCAAAUUCUUAAUAUGUAUAGUAUGUCAUACUGUAGUGCUUACUGCUGGACUUUGUGUCAUGAAGCUCAGAACCAGCUAAAUAACUAUAUGGAUUUGUAUUUAUUUUUUGUAAAUGCAUUGUGUCCAAAAUAAGUACAAUUUAAAUGCCAUCCUUUGAAGCAAAGGCAUUUUACAUUGAAAGAUUUUGUAUUUUUAUCCUUGUAGUUUUUUUCAACUUGAAACAAUCAAGCUAAAUAAAGCAGUUCAGUAUUUUUUU